AUGGGCAGAGCGGGCCGCGUUGCGUGUAUUGGGUUGCCAUACCUAUUCACAAUAGGCUCAUUGGUAGCCCUCAUAUUUGCGGGCAUUGGUUCAACUGAUGAGGACUCUUCUACACUAAACAAGAUUUACUUUAUGAGAGCUGAUCUUUCAAAUGUCACUGCGGCUGAAGCAAGUAAUUUUGGAGACCGGCUACUGAAUCUUACAUCGAAUGCUAUGAACAAUGCCACGGAAGAGCUUGCCGCAGCUAUCGAAGAGGCCGAGAAGGCGUCUGAACUACGAGACUUUUACGACGUUGGCUUGUUCGGCUACUGCGAGGGAGAAAAGAAGGGCAGCACCUUUGACGUGGACUUUUGCAGCAAGCCCGUGGGAAGCUUCUGGUUCAACCCGCUUGUUGUCUGGCACUUGAAUGUCAGCGGCGUUCACGAUUUGUUCCCCUCGCACCUCCAGUCCAAUUUGAAGACGUAUCAGAAGGUUUCUCACUGGAUGUUUGUUGCGUAUGUGCUUGCGUUUGCUACCCUUGUUGUGCAACUGCUGGUGGGCAUUUCGGCCAUUUUCAGUCGUAUUGGCAGCAUCUUUACAACCAUCGUGUCUGCGGUCGCGACCGGCUUCCUCAUCGCUGCAAACAUCACGUCAACAGUUCUCUUUGCCACGCUCGUUGGCGUAUUCAACUCGUCGCUGAAGGAAUAUGGCGUAAAGUCCAGCUUGGGCGCCAACGCUUUUGCCGCAUCGUGGCUCGCUCUCGCACUGUCUCUGGUCAGCACAUUCUUCUGGCUCUUCAGCUCAUGCUGCUGCUCGGGCCGCACCGAAGCUCGACGCUCUCCCGUCCAGGGCAGCUACGAAAAGGUCGAUUUUGGAAAUGGCGGCGCAGCCUCUCAUCACGGCCAUACUUCCGCACCCGCGCCUACUUUUACAAACACCAACACUGCGUACGAACCCUAUCGCCAUCAAGGCUGA